AUGGCACCAACCAAGCCCAUCGAAACCAUCAACGAAAUCUACUCCGCCUACACGCGCCUCCGCCCCGACUCCUCCGCCAAGGACCUCGAGGCCUUUGCGUCCUUCUUCUCCCCCUCCUGCAAGGUCUACCUCCGCUCCAUGCGCGAGGCCAAGGAGCCCGCCGUCGACCGCGCCAACAUCAUCGAGCACCUCCGCGACAUCCUCAAGGACCAGUUCCUCGAGGAGCGCGACGUCAUCUCCCAGAGCGUCAGCGAGGACGGCAAGCGCGUCUUUGUCGAGAUGGAGAACCGGUACAACGUCCAUGGUCAGGUCCUGGAUCGGUUCCCCGAGACGCUGGUUGCCACCUUUGAUGAGGAGGGGCUUGUCAGCAGCUUCAAGCUGUACAGCUGCCGAAGCCAUUUUGUCAUGAUGAUUCAGAAGGCGACGGGGGAGGGUCCUUACAGCGAAGAGUUUUUGAAGAGUGAGCAUUAA